CUCGUUCAAUUUGACUUUCAAACGAAAAAAUAUCUCUUUGAUAUACAUAGAUACUAAAUAUGUGAUUCGUUUCCAUGGUUUAUUUCAAAUAUUUUUUUAAACCUAUUACAUAUAUAUCAUAACUAGUUAUCAUAAUAACUAAAAUAGCAUGAAAAGAUAAAAAUAAUUGAAUUCUAGAUCGCGCGCGUUACUUAUUUUAUUGAGUGGUCAAAGUAAAGAUAUUAUUUUGAGGAUCUUUUUUGGAAUGAUGGCCACAGAGUCAAUGGCUGCACGCAAUAAGAGAUAUAGAAAACUUUUCAAAAAGAUUGCAAGUACUUCCUCGUGAAGAAGUAUAUGAAGCUAUAACUUACACAAUAGAUGCUAUCUGCAGUCGCUUAAAGUAUUAUAACAGAUAUAUGUUGAAAUAUCGACCUGCACUUGCAAACGAUAAGCAAGCCAAUCUUUUAGCUGACAUAGAAAUAAUAGAAGAAAUGCACAAGGAUGUUACUCACAUACUUUUGGAAAAAUUAAAAUGUUUCAGGAAUUUCGAUACUGAUGAUGAAUUUAAAAUAAAAGUAAGAGAUUCAAUAGAAGAACUUUUUUCUUGGAUUGAUUUGAUACACGAUGAGUUUACAGUAUAUUUAACAAAAUAUAUACAUGGUAGUGUACUUGAAGAUUUAACUAAGACCUUACGACAAAUUGUUAGUGAUAUGCAAAAAUCCAAGUGUCCUAUUAUUCAAGAAUUAUUAGAGAACCUGAAAAAAAAGGGAAAUGAUUUGAGCACCAUGAUACGGUGUACUGCAGUUCAUGAUUUAGAAAUGAAUAAAUUAAGGGGGAAAAUUAACAUGUUGGAGGAUCGCAUUUCUGAUCUAGGUGGUGAAUUAACAUCUGCACCUAUAGUGGUUUUGCAAUAUAAGAAAGAUUACUUGCAGAAUCGACUUGGUUAUUUAGAAAGUUCUACAAUGACCCUUAAAAGGUUUUUAGAAUUAAAUGAUAUGCACCUGGAACAUAAUAUGGAAGAGGGGAAAAUAUGUACUUGUAAAGAUUUUUAUCAAUUAAGACUAUUUAAUCAUGUCUUACCAUCUCAAGAACGCGAACGCUUAAUUACGGAAUUUUGUUCAAUAUGGGAUUUAGCAAUUUUUGGAGAGCACAGCCAUAAGUCCAUCAUUUCGAUACUUAGCGCUGCAGAUAUGAGAGAAGAGUUUACUGACAAUCUUGGUACUUUUUAUAUUGAUCAACAUAGCCGAAAAAUUUAUAAAAUUCCCGAUGAUAAAACUCUUUAUCAGCCAAAUGAACACAAUAAACUAGUGCCUUUGGCUGAUGAUGUAGACCAUGUCUAUUUUUAUGAUGAAUGUGGAAGGUAUUUUCUCGAUUCUAAAAGUCGACAAAGGGUUUACAAAGCUCAUGAUACUGCAAGUGAAUAUAUGAUGGAUAGUUCUGGUAUUUUGUUGAAAGUAAAGGAACAGCGAGAAGGUGUUACUUAUUAUUAUGAUAAUUAUGGUCGAUAUUAUAUUAAUUCGGAAGGCAAGCAUAUUUACCGAGAAGCAGAUUCUACUAGUGAAUAUGAAAAUGAUGGCUUUGGAAAUUUAGUUCGUAUCAGAAGUCAUUUUGAUAUACUUAAACUCUGUCCGGAUGAUGUACACGUCACCGAAGAUUUCAAAUAUCUUAAAAAUACUGUAGGCAAAGCUUUACGAGAAUGUAUUGCUGACGUUAUUAUACACCAACCAGCCGAUCCUAUAAAAUAUUUGUCAGCUCGGCUUAUGAAAUACAGAGAAAAUAUGGAAUUGAAAGAAAAACGUUCUAAAGAAAAUGAAGAAUUACAAGUUGAAAGAGAAAUAAGAAUUGCCGAAGAACGCGCUGCAGAGCGUGCUGCUAUGGAUGCCGCACUUCUUGCUCAAGGAGGAAGUGAAACGAGCUAUGACUCCAAUCUUAUGAAAUAUGUUAAUAUACAAGAUGAUGUUGGUUCAUUAGCUGCCAGUUCAGUGAAUUGAUUUAUUUAAAUUAAUAAGUUACUGGAAUUUAUAUUAUUAUUUUCUGUUGAAGAAACUGCCAGGGAGCAGAUGAGAUGUUAAUUGUGUUUAACAUUAGGUAAUUUAUUUUUCAUCUAAUUAUACAAUAUUAGGUUCGUAUUGUUAACCAGGUGUUAUCAUUUUCUUUACCCUUACUGAACUACUAGCUGAAGCUCACGAGUUCAUUUCUGUGGAUUUAGAUUUUAGGAAUCCCACGAGAACUCUGAUUUUUCGGGAUAAAAAGUAGCUUUCUAUAUCACACUCCUGGUUUUCAAACUAUAUCCGUGCAAACAAAUCACGCUUAUACCUUGCUCCGUUGUGAUGUCUCUGAAGGUCAAACCAACAAACAAACACAU